GUAAUCCUUCCUAUCUGAGAUCAACUCUCAAUCCAAGUCUCAUUACAGACACGCAACACGCCUACAAGAAAGGGAAAUCGAAAGAGACAGCACUACACUCGUCUCGUCUCAAUGUCCCAAAAGGAAUAUGCACUGGUAGCUUUCCUGGACAUAGAAGGAGCUUUUAACAACGUCAUCCCUACGGCGAUUACCGGAGCCGUGACAGACCUUGGGGUGGACCGCCACUCGGUGGGACUCAUAAACCAACUGCUCACCUGCAGGGUGCUCUUCACUAGACGAGUCAACCCUCACUAGGCACGUCAGCAGAGGCACUCCGCAAGGAGGCGUCCUUUACCCACUUCUAUGGAACAUAGCAGACAACUCGAUACUAUGCGACAUGGAAGGGGGGGGCUGCAGGAUAAUAGCCUAUGCGGACGACGUUGCUAUUAUGUUCACAGGUAAUUACCUCCAAACGCUAUGCGACGUCAUGAGUGAAAAACUCAGUGUUCUGUCCAGCUGGACCAAAAGUAACGGAAAAGUAACGGACUAGGAAUUAACCCCUCAAAGACCGAGCUGGUUCUCUUCACUAGGAAAUAUAAUGUACCAGGCUUAGUCUCACCUAUCCUCAACAAUCAAAGACUUUCCUUCAGUAUCAGCGCAAGGUACCUGGGCGUAAUACUUGACAGGAAACUAAACUGGAAUUUGAACCUCACAGACAGAUACAAGAAAGCUUCAACAGCAUUCUUCUCGUAGAAGAAAGCAAUAGGGCUCAAAUGGGGCAUGACACCCUAUAUAGUAAACUGGAUAUAUACGGCCAUCGUCAGACCAAUACUACUGUACGGGGUCGUGGUAUGGUGACCGGCUCUGAAAAAGAAAUCCAGCAUAAAAAUGCUAGCAAAGAUGCAAAGAGCCGCGGCACUCUGCAUCAGCAGUGCUUUACGCACCACCCCAAACGAAGCCCUAAAUGUCAUACUCAACCCCCCAAGCCCAGAACUAGCUGGCAUGGAACAGGCUAAAGUAGCGGCAAUCAGGCUUAGAGAUACCAAACAGUGGAACACACAAGAAGCGAGUAACUUAUGUAUCCUAAAAGUCAUUCAAAUAGUCCCCUCCAGGACAGACUACAGCACUCCAACGGAGUACAUACAAACACCGUUUAACAUAAUCAUCCCAGAGAGGGACGAUUGGAACUCACGAACACCUGGACCCCAGAAUGCUAUUUGCUUCUAUACGGGCGGUUCAAAACUACAGAACAGAGUAGGGGGAGGACUUUACUUCGAACAGCUAGGUCUACGCAUCUCGUUCAGACUCCCCGAUAAUUGCAGCGUCUUCCAAGCUGAAGUAGCAGCAAUAAGGGAGGCCCUAAAACACUUGAAAGCACUAAAACCGGAAAGCUCACACGUAAGCAUUUUCAGUGAUAGCCAAGCAGCUAUCAAAUCGAUUGCCUCAAUCUCAAGCCACUCAAAAACAGUAUCGAAUUGCCGCUCAUCUUUACACGAGAUGACACAACAAUUCGUAAUCAGCCUUAUAUGGGUACCCGGACACAGGGACAUAGAAGGCAACAGCAUCGCAGAUGAGCUAGCUCGAGAAGGCACCUUUGCCGAGUCCGGAGCGACAUCGCCGCGAGUAUGUCUACAGGAGGUACGCGAAGAGCCACAGAAGAAGACUUCACCAUCGAAAACGGAUAACUUUAUCGACACCUCGGACACCAUCCCGACAACCAGGAUUAUAUCCGCUGGAGUGAGGAGGAUAUAUCGGCAUACUCCUGGGAUGUUCCGAGACGUGCGACAAAACGUCAGCGAACCGUUUGGAAACCUAUGCGCAGACUUCGUGAGACCUCUUCCCAAGAUCCAAGUUCCGCUGACGCUGAUGAUGACGACGCAGAAGACCCCGUCGGCGACCAUCCCGAGCCAUGCACCCGACUUCUGA